UUCAAUUACAAUACGUUGUUUUGUCUCAGUCGGCGAGAAAAAUGUCAAAGCUUGUUGUUCUCCAGAACUAUUUUCUUUUGUGGAUAUAUUUAUUACAUAUUUGUUGCGACGUUAGCAGACACUUUCAUGUCUCAGCCAAAACAACGGACGGUUCACUUGGCCUUGAGGAAGUUACUUUCCCCCCAGUUUUUGUUCCAUCCAGCGAUCCUACUGUUCCAGCUGGACAUCUUCAAAUGUUUGGCCUACAGCGACCGCCAAACGGACCCGUGGUGGAGUACAACACAGUGCUAAAACCACAACAGUUCUGGGAAACUCACGUUAGUCAAAACCGACCGCUCGUGUUCCGUCAGGCGCUUGUUGAUUCACCAGCGCUGAAGAAAUGGACAGACGAAUACUUGAAGGAAAAGUACGGCGAUUUAGAUGUAUUAACUGAGCUAAAAACUGAGAAUAGAACCCACGGAAUGACUUCGCGUAUGUUGUUGGGAGAUUUUAUUGACGUUUACGCGGAUAAAAAUCUUUAUGUGGUCACAGUGUUACCAGAUCCAAUGAGGCAAGAUCUGCCGGUGGGUUGAUGCUUUUUCUUUGCAAAAUGUGUUUGUGUCUUGAAAAGUGUUAACGAAUAAGCUCUCGUAGCUUGAAAAGCAUGCGUUUGGGGGUGAGUUAGUUGAAAAAACUCUCAACAAAUUCGCGGGGACGCGUGUAAGCAGGCCAGAGGUGGAAAGUUCAUUAGAAACUGCAUUAUAUAUGUACGAAUAUACCGUAGAUAGGAUUAUUUUAUUUUUUAUUAAAAAAUGCUGACUUCCAUGAAUGAGAGAGAGGAACAAAAUACAAAGCGGAAAUUCAAUGGGAAAGUACGGCCAACUCGCCUGAGCGGUCUUGUCAAGGCAGUGCGUUACUAUUAGCGCAACACAGCGUUUCAAUUCUGGGGCAAUGUUGUCACCAUGUUGUUCUUUCUUUUGUUUCUCGUGCGUACAAUUAACAUAAAUGAAUUUCAACUUGACCUGAACUUUCCAGCCACACCAUCUGUACCCAGAGUGCCAGAGUAAGCCUUGGACAGGGUUGAUUUCGAGGUGCCAGGGUACAUUACAUAACGGUGUGCCUGCUUUUAUAGGAUACUGAUCAGGCCCUAAAUUUGCCUACUUGUAGCCGCACCCUCACCCCACAAAGGAAAAACGGCAACUAACCCUAACCCUCAAAAGAUCAGUUUAAAUAUGAAUUGAACGAGACAGGGACUUUAAAAAGUCUGAAUGAAAUGAGCAGACACCUAACCGAUACUUCUUCAAGCAAUUGUGUCCUCUCAACCCACUUUACCAAAUAAAGACAACACAAACUCUUCGCUUUAUAUUCAUAAUUUUGUUGAUUUUGCCGCUUCUGAAAUAAGCCUGACUUACUCAGAGUGACUUGGUACCUUCUGAAAACACGAGACUAUGUGAAAGACAAGCCUCUGAAUUGAUAUGAAAAAGUUGUUCUUUUUAGGUGCUUCCCUGCAUCAUGUGUGGCACUUUUAAAGACUUCUUACAUGAACUAAACUUCUGGAUGAGCUCAGGAGGAACGCGUUCCGUAAUCCAUUUUGAUGCAGACCAUAAUGUUCAUUGUCUGAUCGCGGGCCGGAAAGACUUUAUGAUGAUUAAUCAGGAGUUUUCUAAAUAUCUGAAUGUCACGCAGGUAAGAGUUAGACCAAACAACUUUACUUGUGCAUCGCUAUUUUGACAGAAGUCUCAGCCCUGUUUUCUUAACCUAUUAAAUUGCUUUCUUCCUGUGCAGCUAAUGAAGUGAAAGAAAACAAUUUGAUUGGUUUAGCGAACUGAACAGAACCUUACCGUUAGAUCCGGUUUCCGGCUAUGUUCAAGUUAAAAGCGGUGUGCCAAAACUGAGGACAUAAUUGGUGGCUCCGACUGGGUAACUUCUUUUGCCAUUUGAACAACAACAAAAAAAGAUUUUUAAGAGAAAGUUAGAUGUUUAAAGUGGUCUGUUGUUUAAGAUUUUCAAGAACUAUAUUCUGUACGGCUUUACAUUGCCCGGGUCUCUUAUAUUUUUAAAAUUUUGAUGAGUUUCAGCCUCGACGCUCUGAUAAAAAAUUGUACAAAUUGCCGACUGCACUUUCAAACUUAGCGAAAUAGUGCACAUCUACACCAGCAACAAGCAACGUUUUUUUCUUAUCUUUUCAGCCUCCACAGUUUGGUUCAGGUUUCUCUAUCGCGAAUCCAGAUGCGAUUGACUUAAAUCUUUUUCCGGAUAUUUCAAAAGUGGAAUGGACUUACAGCACUUUGGGUCCAGGUGACUGUAUCUAUAUUCCCUCAGGUAAGUAUGCAUUAUUUAGUCUCAACUGUGUUUUCCUUUCAGUUUCGUCAAACCAACACCAAAGCUUUUACUCUACUCUGUCCAGUCAGACUCAAAAUUCUGACCAGAGCCCGAUGCACUUAAAUUUUCCCGGUUUCUUGCCCUAUUAUAAAAAUGAUAUACGAUAGUCAGUGUUCAAAAACAUGACAAUGCAAUUUUAUCGGCCGCAUUCUGUAUACCAGAGGGCGCGCGAAUUCGUCGAACAGAAGGAUUUAACGCAAUUGCCAUUUUUCAUAUUAAGAAAACAAAGCCAAUGUACUUCAUACGUUUCCAGGGCACAUUUGCGAUUUAGUAAGUGUUUUUUGGUGUUGUGAAAGCUGUUGUUGUUUAGGUAUGUUGUUAUGUGGGUAUUACUUAGUUUCUUUUCAGUAGUUUUGGAUCGCUCCCUUGUCCGUGCUCGCCAGCACCAAGGUUCCCGACUUAGUCAGGUCUCCCCGAUUUUAUUCUCUUUUGAGGAGCGUGGCCUUCCACAGCCAGUUUAUAAAACCAAAUCGUUGUUGGAAAGUGAUAACAAGACCACAUCUUGUCGCUACAAGAAGAUUUAUAUGAAUUUAACUCUCACUUUAUGAUGGUGGUACAGUAAAUACUCGCUAAUAAGAACCUCCUUUUUGAGAAAAAAGCAAAAUAGGUUCUUUUAUUUUGGGUUACUUAUUGGCGAUUUGGGCUGAGUAGGUUCUUAAUUUGGUUCUUAAUUUUUGUGAGGGGGAUAACAGAUUGUCGAUUACCAAGAAAAAUAAAUAAGCUUUAUUUAUUCACAAUUUUAUUAUUUUAACCCUAACAAGACUGAUUACCACAUUUAUAUACAGUUAACUUGUCGUUUAUCAUAAUAACCCACAUAUAAGAACCUGCUUGAUCUUGCUGGGCUAAACAGGCUCUUGUAUUUUUGGGUACAAAGUGUGGCAAGCUUCUGCCAGCUGUUUACUGUACCACGCAAGGUAGGAGUUUUUUUCCCGUGUUAAGUUAGUACAGGUGUGUAAUUUGAAAUUUCUGCCAUUUUACUGUCAGGCUAUAUACACCAAGUGCGCUCAUAUAAAGGUAACCGAACUAUUUCCGCUACAAUGCUGUUUACGGCUUCGAUAGACAACAGUUUUGAUAACAGCAGCUGCGAGAAUGAGACCUAUGAGUACCGUCCUCUCAGCGAAGCUAACGUGCAUUGGACUUACAAGAAAGGAGACAAGACUAUUGAUAUGGGCUAUCAAAAUGUUGAGACGUUCAGGCAGAGUAUACUGGCCUCAUUUGAAGUGAGUAGCCAUCAUACAGAGCAGUUAGGGACAGACCAUUAGAAAAGUUAUGGGGGCGGGCGAAGUACAAAAAAAAAUAUUCGCCCAAGGGAAAAUUAAGUGAAAAAAAUUCUCGCUCGCCAAUUAAUCCCAAAAAAUAUUCAUGCUAUGGCCUAAAAAAAAUUCAUACAAGGAAUUUGAUAACGAAAAAUGAUUCCUGCGGCUAGAAAAUUCCCCUGUGGCUACCAGUACCGUAAAUCCUCUAUUAAGCCCACUUUCUAAGAAGCCCUCUUUUUUUAGGGGAAGAAAGUUAAUAAGUCCCCCCCCGCCCUCUCCUCCCCCUUGUUUCUCUUCACCAAUAAAUGAUAGACUGUAUUAAUCUUUUACGACUGUAAGACUUUGUGUGGACUGAUUCGGAAUGGUUUAUUCACCAGCUGGAAGUACAGAUUUGGUUUUGAUUCCCGGCUGGUAUGACCUCCAACCGCUGUACUUGAGCUUCUCCACUUCAUUCUAGUUUUUUAUUUUUUUAUUUUUUUUUUAUGGAGAACUGACACCAUCCUCUUUGCUAAGUUAACUUAGCCCUCCCCCGUCUCUAUUAAGCCCCCUUCAAAUGUGUUUGAAAUAAAUAACUCCCGGGGGAGCUUAAUAGAAGGAUUUAUGGUAGCUUCAUUUCCCACAGAAUGAAAAGUUCCUGACUGAGGAGCGAUUUAAGGAAAUCAUAGAGGACAUGUUUGAAAUGGACGAACACGAUUUACAAGCGAUACAAAGAGACACCAAUAAAAUCUACCGAGAGUUCCUGGACCCAAGUGGCAAAGGCUACGUUACUCGGGAAGAAAUCAAAGCUCUUUCGCAGGACACUUUGAAAGAGAUAGCUCGGCGUACGGAACCGCCUCACGGCCCUGUUGCCGGAGCUCCUGACGACAGAGGUGGUGCGUACAAGGCCAGUUUGGAGAAAGAUGCUGACCAAAAUGAGCAAGAAAUUGAGGUUGAAGGAAAGGACGAAUUAUAAAGAAUAGUAUCUUAAAAUGUAAAAAUAAUUGCAAUAGCAUAAAAAGUAACCAAGACACCUUAGACCUAGGCCAAACGUCUAACUUUUCAUGAGACGAACCAAUCUUAGUGACGUGAGUUAAGUUCAUGAAAAUUUCGAUGUCUGGCUCAGUUAAGUUCAUCUUAAUGAAUUUGGAUCGUCCAACACGUUCUAUUCGUCUGUACACAGGCUAAUUGAUAUGAUUCUCAUGCAAAUAACACUCUUUUGCACGUAACCUCGUUUUGGAGGCGAGAGUUUUUGGAAGUCGAAAAUGGCGGUCUAUUUUCGUGAAUUUUGAUCCCGUAUCAAUGUGUCACGAGAAAAGAAACCUAGCCUGUGAACGCAAAAGUAUUUCCGGUCGUCGCUUUUCUCUACCCGAAAAGUUACUUUCCGGGUGAAGAGAAGUCGACGCGUUCGCAGGCUAAAAGAAACCACCGCGAAAAGUUACUGUUUUCAUGCAUGCUGGUUUAAAGAGUGUGGUUUUUAAGUUAUAAAAUGUUAAAUCUGGUUUCGAUAUCACCAUUAUGAAAAAGGAAACUGAAGGUUUUUUCUGCCAAAGAAAACACAGUUAUAUCAUUGAAACCGGGGACUUGUUCCCAAUAUUUAAUGAUUCGCGAAAAUUUGUUCAUACUUAACGGAAAAAAGGAUCGGUAAUCCACGAAAUUAAAUUCCCGCAAAAAUUUAACGCCAUAAGGUAUUUUGUAUUUAAAUUACAUCAAAUUAAAAUAAUAAAAAUAU